UGCUCAAACUUCUCUUUAUCCACCUGUCCAUGAUUUUAUGGUCACAAGUCCAAUUUUCUCAACCUAUUAUAAGUUCUUGAUCAAACCUCCUUCAGCUGCAAGCCCGUAAUUCCCAGAUUUUUUUUUUAUUUAAAUCACAAAUAUAUAUACGCUGCUUGGUGGGUUAUGAUCAGAAAGACUCAAGAAUUGCAUUUGUUUUUGGAAUUUAUUUUAGGCCUCGACUCACCCUCAGUUUUCGCGGGCAUUCGAUAAUUUGCUUGAAAAUGGAGUUUUUUUCCGAUCAAGAAAGCAGCCAUGGGAUCAAGGGUGAUAAAAAAGCACUGGAUUCUGUCUCUUCUCCUUCUUCGUCACCCAACUCUAGUGAUUCUUCAGAAUCUGAAGAUAUAUUUGAAGAAGUGAAUUCUUCUGGUUCGUCUUCUUCUUCUCCUACGUGUGGAUCUUCAGAAUCCAGUUCCUCUUCUUUCCAGCCCCUGCAAGACAUGUCCUCUUUACUCCAAGAACUCCCUGUCAAGAGAGGUCUAUCGAGGCAUUACAAUGGAAAAUCGCAAUCAUUUACAUCAUUAUCCAACGUGAGGGCAUUGGAAGACCUUGCAAAGCCAGAAAAUCCGUACAAGAAGAAGCUCAAGUCCUGCAAAAGCUAUGGAGGGUUAUUUUUGGAACGUUGCAGCGAAGAAAACCCUCAGAGGAAUAAAAGUUCUUCGAGGUUCAUUUCAAAGAAGAUUGCUUCAAGAGGGUCUUGUUCUUCACUUUUAAGUGGAAAAAGGACUAAUUAUGGGUUUAUUCGAAAUAGGCCUUCUCCUCCUAUUCCCCGACCCCAGAGAUCCGCCAGUUCAAGUAGCUUUGCAAAUCAAGCCCCUUUGUUUGCUUAAAGGGUUUAAAUUCAGUCUUUUUCUUAUUUGGACUGCAAUAUGUGCGUGUAUAUAUGGUACCAAUAAAAAUUGUUUAGUUUCGAAUAUUACUCUUUAUUAUACGUUA